AUGGCUCCCAACAAGGACACGCCGUUCCGCUCGGCGGACAUGAGCAUGGUGCAGCUGUACGUCUCCAACGAGAUCGGUCGGGAGGUCGUCACUGCCCUGGGCGAGCUUGGCCUCUGUCAGUUCCGAGACUUGAACGAGGAUGUUAGCGCUUUCCAGCGAACGUAUACACAGGAGAUCCGACGCCUAGAUAAUGUCGAAAGACAGCUGCGAUACUUCUAUGCUCAAAUGGAAAAGACCGGCAUCCCCCUCCGAAAGCUCGAUCUCGACAACGAAAGGCUCGCGUCCCCAUCGACCUCGGAGAUCGAUGAGCUCGCCGAGCGAAGCCAGAAGCUCGAGCAACGGGUCUCGGACCUUAAUGACAGUUACGAGACCCUCAAGAAGCGUGAGGGCGACCUCACCGAGUGGCGAUGGGUUCUGCGCGAGGCAGGCAGCUUCUUCGACCGUGCUCACGGCAACGUCGACGAGAUCCGGGCCUCGACUGACAACGACGAUGCGCCCCUGCUGUCCGACAUCGAGCAGCAUCACCAGGCACCCGAGGUCGAGCGAUCCUUCUCUGGUAUGAACAUUGGCUUCGUCGCGGGCGUUAUUGCGCGGGACCGCGUUGCGGCUUUUGAGCGCAUUCUCUGGCGUACACUGCGCGGCAACUUGUACAUGAACCAGUCGGAGAUCCCCGAGCCCCUGAUCGACCCCACAAACAACGAGGCCGUCAACAAGAACGUCUUCGUCAUCUUUGCCCACGGCAAGGAGAUCCUCGCCAAGAUCCGCAAGAUCUCCGAGUCUAUGGGUGCCGAGGUCUACAACGUCGACGAGAACAGCGAUCUUCGCCGCGACCAGAUCCACGAGGUCAAUGGACGUCUGGAUGACGUGCAGAACGUCCUGCGCAACACUCAGGCCACGCUCGAGGCUGAGCUCAACCAAAUCUCGCAGUCGCUGUCGGCGUGGAUGGUGCUCAUUGCCAAGGAAAAGGCCGUCUACAGCACGCUCAACCUCUUUUCUUACGACAGAGCUCGCCGAACUUUGAUUGCCGAGGCCUGGUGCCCGACAAACGACAUGCCUCUCAUCCGGUCUACGCUCCAGGACGUGACCAACCGCGCCGGCCUUUCUGUGCCAUCCAUCAUCAACGAGAUCCGAACCAACAAGACGCCGCCAACGUACCUCAAGACGAACAAGUUCACCGAGGGGUUCCAGACCAUCGUCAACGCCUAUGGUACUGCCACGUACCAGGAAGUCAACCCGGCCUUGCCCGUCUUCGUCACGUUCCCCUUCCUCUUCGCCGUCAUGUUUGGCGACCUUGGCCACGCCCUGAUCAUGCUUUCGGCUGCGCUUGCCAUGAUCUACUGGGAGAAGCCGCUGAAGAAGGUGACGUUCGAACUCUUUGCCAUGAUUUACUACGGCAGAUAUAUUGCUCUGGUCAUGGCCGUCUUCUCCAUCUUCACUGGUCUCAUGUACAACGACAUUUUCUCCAAGUCCAUGACUCUCUUCCCGAGUGCUUGGUCGUACGUGAAGCCCGAUGGCUGGAAGGAGGGCGACACGGUCAGUGGUGUGUUGAACACGGACGGCUACCGCUACCCCUUUGGUAUCGACUGGGCAUGGCACGGGACCGACAAUGACCUCCUCUUCAGCAACAGUUACAAGAUGAAGAUGAGUAUCAUCCUGGGUUGGGCACACAUGACCUAUUCGCUCUGCUUCGCGUACAUCAACGCGAGGCACUUCAAGAAGCCGAUUGACAUCUGGGGCAACUUUAUUCCCGGCAUGAUCUUCUUCCAGUCCAUCUUUGGGUACCUGGUCGUUUGUAUUAUUUACAAGUGGUCCGUCAAGUGGAUUGAUUUUGAGGAUGGCACUAAUAACGUUCAGCCGCCGGGGCUGCUCAACAUGCUCAUCUACAUGUUCUUGCAACCUGGUACGCUGGACAUGGAGCUGUAUAAGGGACAGAAGGUUGUGCAGGUGAUCCUGCUCCUGCUGGCCUUUGUUCAAGUGCCCAUCCUCCUCUUCCUCAAGCCGUUUUACCUCCGCUGGGAACACAACCGUGCUCGCGCCAAAGGUUAUCGUGGCAUAGGUGAAACGUCUCGAGUUAGCGCCUUGGAUGGUGACGAGGAGAACGAGGGCCUGGUCAAUGGGCACGGAAACAGCUUCGACGACGAUGGCGAAGGCGUGGCUAUGAUCUCCCAGAACAUCGACGACGAGCACGAGGAGUUUGAGUUCAGCGAAGCCAUGAUCCACCAGGUCAUUCACACGAUUGAAUUCUGCCUCAACUGUGUCUCGCACACUGCUUCCUACCUUCGUCUCUGGGCCUUGUCCCUUGCUCAUCAGCAGCUCAGCGUCGUCCUUUGGAACAUGACUCUUGGGCCUGCUCUGGCCAGGCCUGGCGUCGUGGGCGUCAUCAUGAUCGUCGCGUGCUUCUACCUCUGGUUCUUCCUGACCAUUGCCAUUCUGGUGUGCAUGGAGGGAACCAGUGCCAUGUUGCACUCGCUGCGACUCGCGUGGGUCGAGUCAUUCUCCAAGUUUGCAGAGUUCGGGGGGUGGCCUUUUGUGCCGUUCUCAUUCAAUGCACUGCUGGAAGAGUCGGAAGACCUGAAGGACUACUUGGGAUGA